AUGGCAACCACACCUCCACUCUCACAAGGCAAACCGACUCCUUCACCCACACUGAAAGCCGUCGAUCGGGCACCACUCACCCCACCGCCAGAGCCAGCAACAGACUCAUCCACGGUCGGCCUUUGUAUCGCGCACUACAACGAAGACCUCACUUGGCUGCAGCCAUUCGCCUCGAACACAGUCGUAUACAGCAAAGGUCCGAAGGCACCUUCGCCUAGAACUUUUUCGAGGACCGUGCCUCUGCCUAACAUCGGCCGUGAAACUCACACCUACCUCACCCACAUAACCCAAAACUACGCCUCCCUCCCACCCGUCACUCUCUUCCUACAAGGCGACAUCCACUCCGUCAACGAGGGUACCCCCGCACACACGGACCUGACCCUGAGCGAGCUCGUCUCGCAGGCCGCCGAACUUGCCCCAGGCGCCGUCCUACCUAUCGGACUUCUGCACAAGUUCUCUUCAUGGGACGCGAUACCAUAUAAACCCGACUGGGUGCGCCGUCGUGGCGCUACCUUGGUCCGAUCGAAGUACACGCCAGGCCAGUUCUGGACGGAUGUGCUCUUUCCACAAUCGAAGUUGUCUUCGUCUACCUCAUCCUCAAUAUCGGGGUCUGAUAGUUCAUCAGCUGACUCAGCUGCCAUCCCUGAUUCUGUCACCGAAGAUAGCCGAGCGUCCUCUACAUCAUCACCGGCGCAGCCGGCCUCUGCCUCCGCUACGGGUGGCCUGCCACAAGAAGUCCGCUUCGUCCAAGGCGCAUGCUUUGCCGUAACCAGGGAAGCCAUCCACCGACGACCGCACGAAUGGUGGGAACGGAUGUUGAAGUGGUUCAAAGAGCUCAAUGAGAUGAACCCUGAGGAAGGCCAUUAUAUGGAGCGGUUUUGGUGGGCUGUCUUUGACGAGGAGGUUGCUGUUCUGCGGUAA